AUGGAUUCCAUUGAUGCCGCGCCUCAGGCAGCUGCCGAAGCGGCAGCUAGUGCGCGCACGGACGAGUUCUAUAUGCUCAACACGGUAUCGCAUCACUCCGCUUCCAUGGAGCCCAGCGAGUACUCCGCGGGGCGCACGUCGAUCUCCGCCGCGGGUAGCCUCCCAGGAUCGAGCAGGGGCAACGAAGCACCGCGAAGCAACGCCUCAGGCGACCACACUUCACAGCAUGACCCAUGGGAAGGCCCCGCAGACAAUGCCAGCUUUGCUCAUCUGGACGACGGCAAACCUGUUCUCUCCGACGCGGUGAAGUACGGACUGGAAGGGCUAUUGGAGGCGCUCAAGAAGUACCCGAGCACACAUCCACCUAUUGUAUCGCAGGAUGGCGUUAACGAGGAGCUAUUGAAAGAACGCCUACUGAACUGGUGA